UGUGUGUGCGCGCGCGCGCCAUUACAUUAGAACUGCUAUGCCAAAUCUCACCAUAUAUAUAAUUGUUCCUUGUUCAGUGAGCACCUUACACAAGUCGUAUUCUAUAUAUAAACAAAUUUUUUAAUUGCAAGUAUCCAAACACAAUUCUAUCCUCCUGAUGAAGAAGCCUAUGGAACGUCUCAGAGCAAUACGAGUAUCAAAGGACGAUAGCGAGGACAGCCAACCCUUGAGUCCAGUAGCUCGCGUAUUUCAUCAACCUCACAACGUCUACAUCAUCAUCAUCAUGGGGUUUAAGACCCCAAUCAACCCUCUUUCUUUUAAAGUCAGCUUGCGCCAUUCUUUACUUAAGCAUCCUCGUUUCUCUAGUUUGCAUGUUGUGGAAAAGGAUGGGGAGAUGAGAUGGGUCAGAACAGAGGUGAACUUGGAUAACCAUGUAAGAUUUCCAGUGCUUGAUCCAAAGAUGGAGUCUCCUGAUAAGUUUGUAGAAGAUUACGCUUCCAAUCUUACCAAAACCCCAAUUAGUAAGUCCAUACCUUUGUGGGAUGUUCACCUUCUCAACGUUAAAACCUCUGAAGCUGAAUCUACUGGCCUUUUUCGCAUCCACCAUUCACUUGGCGAUGGUAUCUCCCUCAUGUCUCUUAUACUUUCUUGCACUCGCAAAGUAUCUGAUCCUGAGGCAUGUCCAACCAUCCCAACUAUAAAGAGAAGGAAUCCCAGUAACUCUGGAGGCUUUUGGGAAUUUUUGCUCAAGCUAUGGUGGUUGGUGUUGCUGUGUUGGAAUACCAUUGUUGAUGGACUGAUAUUUCUGGGGACAAUUUUCUUCUUGGAGGAUACUAAAACGCCUCUUAGAGGUUCAUUGCCGCUCGAAGCUACUCAAAGAAGGUUUGUUCAUAGAACAAUCAGUUUGAAUGAUGUAAAGUUUUUGAAGAACGUCAUGGGCACAACAAUUAAUGAUGUGAUGGUAGCAAUCACACAAGCUGGUUUAUCUUCCUAUCUCAACAGGAAGUAUGAUGAUGAUAAGAAAGAUAAUAAAGGAGCAGAAGAGAAUAACAAUAAUCUUCCCAACAACAUUCGUCUUAGAGCAGCUCUUAUGGUGAACGUAAGACCAUCUGCAGGAAUCCAAGCUUUUGAUGAUAUGAUGAAAAGGGACAGUGAAGCCAGGUGGGGCAACCAGAUUGCCUGUGUUCUGCUUCCCUUCACUAUUGCAUUACACGAUGAUCCAUUAGAUUAUGUACGUAACGCUAAAGUUGUUGGGGACAGAAAGAAAGCUACUCUUGAAGCUAAAUUGAAUUAUUUGGUAGCCAUUUUUUCCCCAAAAUAUUUCAUUGAUAAGAUCAUGUCGAAGUUUCCAAGUCGAAUCACUCUAUGGUUUUCAAAUUUACCUGGUCCAGAAGAAAAAAUAUCUUACUUUGGCCAUCCUGUGACCUUCAUAGCAUUUGGUGUUUAUGGACAACCUAAUGCGUUGAUAAUUCAUGUUGUAAGUUAUGCGAACAAGAUGAAAAUUACCUUAUCAGUGGACGACAACAUAAUUGCCGAUCCCCAUCAACUCUGUGAUGAUCUUCAAAAUUCUCUUGUCCUCAUGAAGCAUGCUGUCAGGAAUCUUAUUUUUUAAUGAUUAUUCAUUUUAAUUGUUAUUAUAA